UUGGUUUGGACUUGUAGAGGUUGAAUUGUAAAUUUUAAUUCAUCGUUAUGACAGGAUAAGGAACGGCAUCGUUUGAAAAAAAAAUUGAAAAAGCGAUGCGCUCUUCGUCUACCCAUUUGCUUCCCUUCAUUUUCGUAGCUGUAGUCUUUGGUUUUAGAUCCAAACUCUAAAAAACCAGAUAAAUAACAAUUAAAAAAAGGGGUUUUGGUUAUAAUCCAAUUAUGUUGGUCAAGCUGAUUUGAGUCCCUUAUUUUAAAUCAAGAAACACCCAUAGCCAUUCUGUCAGCUCCCAUUUCAGUCUUAUUUACUUUUGCUACUCAAGUUCUCUUUCAGAAAAAAAACAGCUAUCCACAUGCCUAGUUCCCACAAAUGAGCAAUUGCAACAUGACUAGAUUUUGUGCCACUCACUGCAAAGUAGUGUUUCCCUUGUUCAUGAGCAGAAGGUGGAGAAAUGGAUGUCAAAGAACCCUUUCCACCAGCGUUAUGACACAUAUCUCUCCAAACACCCUACUUUUUGUUCAUCUGCCAUCAUCGAUAGUGCGUGCUGUCAACCUCACCCAAUUUGAUGCACCUCAACGCUCAGAUGAAUGGUUUGCCCUACGCAGGAACAAGUUGACCACAAGCACCUUCAGUACUGCUUUGGGUUUUUGGAAACGAAACCGCCGCACUGAGCUCUGGCAUGAAAAAGUAUUUGCUUCAGAAACUCAGGUUUUGGAAUCUUCUACAAAGUGUGCUAUGGAGUGGGGUGUGCUCAAUGAAGCAGCAGCUAUUGAGCGGUAUAGAAGUAUCACUGGACGUGACGUUAGCUCAUUAGGAUUUGCUAUCCAUUCAAAGGAGCAGUUUGAUUGGCUUGGGGCAUCCCCAGAUGGUCUUCUUGGUUGCUUUCCAGGAGGUGGCAUUCUGGAAGUGAAGUGUCCAUACAACAAAGGCAAACCUGAGACUGCUCUGCCGUGGUCAACUAUGCCAUUCUAUUAUAUGCCUCAGGUUCAGGGUCAAAUGGAGAUAAUGGACCGAGAAUGGGUUGACUUGUAUUGCUGGACACCAAAUGGAAGCACAAUAUUUCGCGUGCAUAGAGAACGCAGUUAUUGGGAUCUUAUACAUGGACUUUUACGGGAAUUUUGGUGGGAAAAUGUAAUACCCGCAAGGGAGGCCCUGUUGUUGGAUAAGGAAGAGGAGGCUAAGAAAUAUGAGCCUGCAUCCACACACAAGCUGACGGGCCUUGCAAUUUAUAAGAGCAUGAAGUUAGCAAGUGAAGCAAAAAUGUUAUGUAGAGAGAUUGCAGGUCAUAUUGAAUUUUAUAUGACGUAAUGAGUUUUUCGAGUCACUAUAUGAAUUUGAAAACAACAAAA